AUGGGAUCAUUGCUGAUGAGUUCUUCCUGCGACUGACAGAUGGGCCCAACCACUGUGCUGGCAACGUAGAAAUCUACUAUUUUGGAGGCUGGCUGAAAGUGUGCGGUUACCGGUGGGACAUGCGAGAUGCUCAGGUGGUGUGCAGGCAGCUGGGCUGCGGCCAGCCACUUGGUGUGACGGGCUACUUCCCUUCCAAUGGCUGGUCCUCAUACUUGAUGACCGCAGUGGAUUGCCAGGGCACUGAGGASUAUUUGUGGACUUGUCCCUAUGAGCGCACCUAUUCGUGUUCUGUGCAAGAUGCUUCUGUCAUAUGCUCAGAUUGGACAAGUACACCUUCACCAACAAUGAUGACUGAUACCAGUACCGGUGCUUCCUCCUGUGGUGGCUUCCUCUCGGCUUCGUUUGGCUCCUUUGAAAGCCCCAACUAUCCCAACACCUACCCCAACAACGCAAACUGCGUGUGGAGAAUCCAGCUGCAGGAGGCGAACUACAGAGUGCACCUGACCUUUGUGGAUGUAGAGCUGGAAGGCACCACCUGCCAGUACGACGCCAUCGAGGUGUACGACGGCAGGCUGUACGGGGCCCCUCUCCUAGGGAAAGUUUGCAGUAACAACCACCGCGUGUUUGUGUCAUCUGGAAAUGAGCUGACCGUCCUGUUUCGCAGUGACAGCAGUGUCACGCGCAGAGGCUUUCAGGCCUCCUACUAUUCAGUUCCCAACUACAUCACCACUCCAGGAGUGACAACAACGACUGAUACUGCUGAUGCAUAUUAUACUUGCGGUGGUUUGCUUUCAUAUUCAUCUGGCACUUUACAGAGCCCCUUUUAUCCUGAAAAUUAUCCAAACAAAGCUGACUGUGUUUGGGAAAUACAAGUAACAAGCAAUUUUCGUGUCACGCUCACUUUUAGGGAUAUUCAGAUGCAAGGUGGCAGAUGCCUGUCUGACUAUGUGGAAAUCUAUGAUGGGCCACUCCGUACCUCUCCUCUCCUUGGGAAAAUAUGUUCUGAGUCUCAUCGCACAUACACGUCUUCCUCAAACCUGAUGACAGUCUACUUUCACAGUAACUCUCAAUACACAUACAGAGGCUUUCAGGCUGACUACUACUCCAUUCCAGCAGAUCAGAGUACUACACUUCUCUGUUUGCCCGACUAUAUGCAAGCAGUUGUGAGCAGAGCCUUUCUUCAAUCUGAGGGCUACGCAGCUUCAAAUCUCACAUUGAAUGACUCAUACUGCCAACCCAACAUCACCCCAAACUAUGUUAUAUUCAACAUACCGUACAAUAGCUGCGGCACCGUCAGAAAGGGAAACAACAACACAAUCAUCUAUUCCAACCUUAUUAGAGGAUCCUCUUCUGGUUCUGUAAUCACAAGGCGUAAAAGGCUUCACUUGCAUGUCAACUGCAAAAUGCUCCAGAACACAUGGACACAAAUAAUGUAUGUUGCGGAGGAUAAUUUUGAACUGAAUGAAACUCAGUAUAGCAGAUACGAUGUGAACCUUACAUUUUAUCACACAGCAUCUUUCUCACAACCAGUCUAUGACUCCCCGUACUAUGUUGAUAUCAACCAGAAUUUGUUCCUUGAAGCUUACCUGCACAGCUCUGAUUCAAAUCUGGUGUUGUUUGUGGACACCUGUGUGGCAUCUCCUGACGCCAAUGAUUUCACAACAGUGACCUAUGAUUUAAUCAGAAACGGGUGUGUUAAAGAUUCCACCUACACUAAUUACUAUUCACCAUACUCACACAUGGCCCGGUUUAAAUUCAGUGCCUUCCAGUUUGUUCGGAACUAUCCAUCUGUUUAUCUGAAGUGUGAAUUUGUGGUGUGCAGGCUACGUGACUAUUCUUCCAGAUGUUACCAAGGCUGUAUCACUAGGCCCAAGAGAGAAGCAGGCUCUGCCCGAGAAAGAGUGAAUGCUGUUGUUGGCCCAAUUGCGCUUCGGAAAGCUGGUGCUGAAAACAGGAAAGCUGAGCUGGACUCCUUUGGCAUCCAGGAAGACMAGGACUCAGCUUCUGCCCCAGCUGGUAUUUCUCAUGCACCAUCUAUUAUUGCUAUCACGGCCCUGGCAGUUGCUGUUUUUACUCUUGUUGCCUUUCUUUUGAAGCAUAAACCGAAGAAACCAAUUCCGUACCAGMUAAUGUGAAAUCACCUGCAUCUGCUCACAUUGGCUGAGUAGUUUGAUGGAAAAAAACCUACAUUGAGUAAUUUCCCUGACAACUCAAGAUUCAAAUCCAAGACUGAAAGGCCUUUUGUCGUGAUGGGUCAUGUCAUGAAGAGAUGGACUUGAGCAUAAGAACCCCAAAGAAGCCAGAAGACUA